AUGGAAGAUUGGACAUUAUUAAAUAUUACAUCAAUAACAAAAAAUAUACCUAUUAUUGAGAAUGAUGUUGGAUCUGGUGAAGAAUUAAUAUUAAAUUCUACAAAUGAAAUGAUUCAUCAAAUAAAUAAUUUAGAAGAUAAAAAUUUAUAUAAUGAUAUUGUAAGAAAAGAAAUUUGGAUUCAAUAUCCUGCUGCUAUUAUUCUUGCAUUUAUUUUUGUUGGUAUCAUCAGUACUUGGACAUGGAGAAUGAGGAAAAAUAAUUUAAAUAGAAGAAAACAAUUUGUAACACUAAAUAAUAAAUGUUAA